AUGGAUACACCCUCAACUUCCACUCCUCAACCCCCAAUCCAAAGUGUUAUUCCCUCUCAACCUCAACCAAAUCCAAAGGGGGGCAUCAAUGCCAUCACCCUUAGAUCCGGUACGCAAUUAAAAGGGAAGGAAGUAAAGGACUCAAGUCCUAUCACAACCGCCCAAGAAGAGGAGAGAGUAGAUAUAGAAGAAGUAGUGGAAGAGGAGACACCACAAGCCAUAGUUGAGGAUGAAGUCCAACCAACAAGGGAGACACCCAAGGCCAAAAGAACCUUGGAAGAAGAAGUUGCUCAACCACUUCCAUUCCCACCACUUGCGAAGAAAGCUAAAAAGCGCAUAGAACUCGACCCCAAAAUGGUGGAAGUGUUCAAGAAAGUUGAGGUAACCAUCCCCCUCUUUGAUGCUAUCCAUCAAGUUCCUAGAUAUGCUAAAUUCCUCAAAGACUUAUGCAUACAUAAGGAUAGAAUUCUUGAAUUGGAAAUUAUCCCAUUGGGGAGUUCGAUUUCCGCUUUAAUGGGAACAUUGCCCGAGAAGUGUGAUGAUCCGGGCCCUUGUAUGGUCACUUGCACAGUCAAUGGAGUUCAAUUUAGAGAUUGUAUGUGUGACCUUGGAGCAUGCGUUAGCAUCAUGCCACUAUCCGUCUACCACGUAUUGAACUUACCACCACUAAAAAGGUCGACGGCAAGAUUUGUCCUAGCGGAUAAAAGCAUAAUAACCGUAGCGGGUGUUGCGGAAGAUGUAUUGGUGAACAUAAAAGGGUUGAUAUUCCCCAUUGACUUCUAUGUCCUUGAAAUGCCAUCAAGCGAAACCGAGAGAGCAUCGUCUAUCUUACUUGGAAGGCCAUUCUUGAGGACUUCUAGAUUUAAACUUGUUGCUUACUCGGGGAACUACUCAUUUGAAAUAGAUGGGAGAAUUGUAAGCUUUAGCCUAGAAGAAGCAAUGAAGCAUCCACCGGAGAACCAUUCUUUAUUUCGGUGUGAUCCAAUCGAUAACAUAGUGGCCGAAGUACAUCUAGCAAAGUUAGAUGAGAAGUAUAUGGUUGAAGAAGCAAAUGAAAAGUCAAGCGAACUAAAGACCAUACAUCAUGCAAAUCAUCCGGAAACUCAAACUUCAAAGAAUAACAAAAAGAUGGAAUUGAAGCCACUACCACCUCACCUAAGGUAUUCAUACCUUGAUGAAGCCCAAGAGCUACCUGUGAUAAUUGCACAAGAGCUAACCCCUCAACAAGAAGAGAAAUUGCUGAAUGUAUUGAGGAAAAACAAAAGGGCAAUCGGGUGGAGUUUGGCGGAUCUAGUGGGAAUAAGCCCCAAAGUAUGUGAGCACCGCAUAUUCCUUGAAGAAGGAACAAGACCGGUCUGA